AUGCCGUCCCUCUUUCUCGCUGCAGCAGCAGACCAGGAAGUGCAGCAGCAGAAGGGCGGGGAUCGUGUCUGGACCCCGAUCCCAGCCGUGGGGGAACACAUCAUAGAGCUCCCCACCGUCAGCGGCCUCAACCCCUCGCUGCAGCUGCAGCAGCUGCAGCAGCUGCAGCAGCAGCAGCAGCAGCAGCAGCAGCAGCAGCAGCAGCAGGAGGCGGAACAGGAGCAGAGAGAACCUGGAGAGCAGCAAGUCCAGCAGAAAGAACAACAACAACAGCAACAGCAGCAGCAGCAACAGCAGCAGCAGCAGCAGAAGAGGCGAAAGAAGAAGCAGCAGCAGCAGCAGCAGCAACAGCAGCAGCAGCAGCAGCAGGAGCAGCAGCAGCGUCGCUGCGGCAUCCAAGAGGACCAAUGGUACACAGUUGCGGUCUUACACUAA